UUAUCUAUAUAAACAGAUCAAAUGUAGAGAGAAAGUCGUAUUACACAACUUCUCCUCUAGAUGUUAUCCUUUUGAUUCUCUCCCUGCCUAAUUAAAAAUCCUCUGUUUUCAUUUUUUUGCUGUUAACAUAACAGUUUUCGGAAAGUCAAUCUCUAAUUCUCUAAAGACUUCUAUAAUAUCUCGAGAAACAGAGGAAUUUAAGAAAAUCAAAGAAAAUAUUUCUCUUAAAUCAUUAUUGUUCAUAAUUGUAGUUUUCAAUUUGUUCGUGGAACACACUGAUUCAUUUUCUCCAAAACAAAAUUCUUUUGAAUGUAAAACUGUAUUCAUCAAAAAGCCAUUUUUAGAUCAAGUGCAUCUAGUUUUAAAUUUCUUUUGAAACUUACAACUUAUUUCAGUUAUAGUUUGCGUCUUUCGUUGUAGUAGUUGAGUGUAACAAAACAGAGCAAUUGUAGAAAAUUAACAGAUGAUUUUCUUAUGUAACGUUUGAACAAUGGCGUCUUUAGAAAUGGUUUCGACAAAGAUGUUCGAAUGUGUCCCGAGUGAUCGCAGCAAGAAAGAAAAGGAUCUCAAAGUUUUAGUCAGAGAUCAAUCCGAUAUUUUUCAUGUCUUUCCUGUGGAUGAUUCCGGAAGUAAACAAGAUGGGAAAGAGGUUCUUGAAUGUUCUUCAAGAACCUCUGUUUCUGAAACAGAGGAAUCUCCGCAGACUCUUUCUUAUCCAGAGACCAAUUCAAAUCCGUUUUAUAAUCUAGUUGAAACAGAGAACUCGUCAAGAAAUGAGAUCAUUAUGGGAGCUUCUUCUCUGGUCCAGAUUUGGGAAGCUAGGUCGCGACCGUCUAGCCCGACUCGAAAUCAUUUCCUUAUUGAUAGUUUAUUUUUUGAGUCUAUCAGUGACGAGGCAAGAAACAACGGUGAAGAAGUAGAUAACAUUUCAGAUUCUUGUGAGAAGGAGAGGGACUCAAGAUGUUUACCUCCGUUGGUAAGGAUAAGAGGACGGCAAGCAUUUGAAGAUUUCUUGAUGAUGAUUUUGCGUGAAAGGAAAACGUAUCUCAAAUGGAUCACUGGUCUCACCUUGGUUUCGAAGUUCUCACCUCGUGGAUGCGAGCGUCUUCAGUACAUGCUUAGGAUCAGAUCUUUUGAAAGGUGCACCGCGAUCCGAGAAAGACAUCUGUUUAAAUCAGCAAAACGGUCUUCGAGAGGGUCUGGUUUGAUGAAUCUCAGGUACAAUACAAAUAUCGCUAGUGAAGCUACAACGAGUGAAGAUACAAGCAAUAAGAAUGGUUUAAAGAAACAUGAAUCUGAGAGCAAAGCUACAGAAGAAGGAGAAGGGUCAGGAGAAACUUCAGAGGAAGGCAUUGUAAUGGGAAGUGUAGAAACAAAUAAUACAUUGAGUACCGCAGAGAAAGUGAAUCUGUGGGACUCUGAGGAGAGAAGCAAUAUGAGAAUAACUAUGGGAAAAGCUAAAAGCGAGGGAGAAGCUGCAAGAAGCGGUAUUGAUGUGGAGGUCACAGAGGUAAUCAAUAUAGACACUAAUGGAUAUAGAGUCAAUCCUCAAGACGUUACAUCAAUGAUUAGUUUGGAGAAAAGGAAGGAAGAAGAAAAUGCGAGUGGCGUAUCUAGUGAGAGCCAUACUGAUGAAAUGUUUUCAAAAGACGAUGAAGAAACGUCGAAAGACAAGAAGCAAGAAGCAUCAGAAACAUUGUGUCUAAUCCUUGAAUCACCAAGAUUUCUAAAUGGUUGGGUUGAAAAUGACAUGGUAGGUGAAAAUGAAUAUGAAGAUUAUAGUGGAGAGAGUGUGAACUAUGAUUGGGUUAGCCAUAUAUCACGACCACGGAGUUAUUGGGACGAUCUAAGGAAGGAACGGGAGCUGGAGAUCAUCAAGAAGCUUUCAAAGAAAGAUGAUAUUUUUCAGAAAUUAAUCAAUGAAAGGACGGUAUUUAGCUUCCUGACAAGCGAUUUUCGGAAAGAGAUUGAAAAAAUUCUGAUCUCACGGCCACAAAAAGGGUUAGAAGUAAAAGGCAAUCAUGUGGAUGGAGAAGCUAGCGAGGAGUGCUCAGCAGAACACCUAGAGAAACUAAAAGAAAGUGAAACAGAGAAUGUUGAUCUUGAAAGUGUAGUUGUCUAUGAUGGUUUCAGCCAAGACUCAGCGAAAAGUACGAUGAAAACGUGGAGCUUCGAAGAUCAUAAACCCUACCCUAAUGAUCAUGAAAAUACUUCCUCUAUGAUAUAUGAUCUCAGGGAAGAAAUUAAAAAGAUGCAAAGAGAAAUGCUCGAACUAAAAGGCUAUGUCAAAUCUUGCUUCGAUUUCCAGAAAUUCAGAUCAGCUUCAGCUUCAGAUUCUUUGCAAGGAAACUGCUCUGUCUGCUUCGAGAAGCCUAUAGACUCGCUUCUCUAUAGGUGUGGACAUAUGUGCACGUGUCUGAAAUGUGGCCAUGAGCUUCUAUGGAGUACUAAAAAAUGUCCGAUAUGUAUGGCUCCAAUUAUAGAUGUUGUCAGAGCAUUUCUUGAUUCUUAGGGAUCAAUAAACAAAUGAUAUAGAAAAUAAAACUAAAACUUUACUUGUAAA